AAAUAGAAGAUUAAAAUUAGUAUUUUUAACAAAAUGGAAGGUUACAAAUAUAACUCUAGGAGUAUGAGGCCACUAUAUAACCAACUUCUCUAUCCACCCAUAUCCAUUUCCCAUUGAAAAUAUGGUUUUAUCAAAACAUUAUCGACUUUCAUUUUCAAUCACCUUCCUUCUAUGUUUCCACUUAGCAAAUUCUCAGAUCAUUGAGGUUCCAAUAUUAUCUCCAAUAUUAACUCCAUUAGUCCCUAACAUAUUAAACUUCUUAGACCAAAGACUCGAAUUAGUUUUCUCAAUCAUUCAAUCCUUCAAAAACACAAUAACCUCAGAUCCGUUAGGAAUAACAUCAACAUGGGUUGGUUCUGAUAUAUGUAUCUACAAAGGCUUCUACUGCGAUAACCCGCCGGAUAAUCUCUCCGCCACCACUGUCUCCUCCGUCGAUUUCAACGGCUUCAACCUCGCCUCCCCGUCUCUCGACAAUUUCAUCGGUCAACUCCCUGACUUAGCUCUCUUCCAUGCAAACUCCAACAAUUUCUCAGGUACCAUUUCACCGAAAAUAGCAUCGCUUAAAUAUCUAUACGAACUCGAUCUAAGUAACAACAUGUUCUCCGGAACAUUUCCAACCUCGAUCCUAAACAUGCCAACACUUUCGUUUUUAGACAUUAGGUUCAACCAAUUCACCGGAGCAGUUCCUCCGGAGAUCUUCGUAAAAACACUGGAUACAAUUUUUCUCAAUAACAACAACUUUCUUCUCACACUUCCAGACAAUAUAGGCGAAACAACAGCAGCUUAUAUCACAUUCGCUAACAACAAUUUCUCCGGUCCGAUUCCUCCUAGCAUAGGAAAAGCCUCACCCACUUUAAUCGAAGUUUUAUUAUUAAACAACCAAUUAACAGGUUGUUUACCUUACGAAGUAGGAUUCCUUGAAAACGUUGAACUUUUCGACGCCAGUAGUAACCUUUUAACAGGUCCGAUACCGUGGUCGUUUGCGUGUUUGAAGAAGGUGGAAGAGUUACACUUUUCUAGGAACAUGUUGUAUGGUCAGGUUCCAGAAGUGGUUUGCGCGUUGGAGAAUUUGUCGAAUUUAACAUUGUCAUAUAACUAUUUUAACAGAUUGGGUCCAUUAUGCAGAAAGCUUGUAACAGACGGUGUGCUUGAUGUGAAGAAUAACUGUAUUUCCGAUCUUCCUGAUCAAAGAUCGAUGGAGGAGUGUGUGAAGUUCUUUUCUAUUCCGAGAACUUGUCCGCAUCCUGGAAUGUUUAAUGUUAUACCGCCGUGUCAGAGUCCAGCACCGGCAAAACCACCCGAAAAUAAGAGGAAAUUGUUGUCAUAUUCAGCUCUUGAGAGAAACAGAAUGGUUCUGAUUUGAAAUAUUGGAGAAGUGUUCGGCUGAAUUUAAAGGUCUAUAUGUAUAUUUUUCGCAUGUUUAUGCUUCUUUAUACAUUACUGACUUAACGUGUAGUUGCUAGCUGCAGAAUAUUUACAAUCCAGUUAACCAUACGUAGAUGUCAAUGAUAUCAUCUAUUCACACACCCUGUAUGAAUAUAAUUGGACAUAUUUAGCAAUGUAAUGAACCAAAAAUUUGCUCAA